CCGCACGGUCAGGGUGCGGUAGCGCGCGGUGUGUGGCCCGGACGCGGACCGUGCAGUGGAGGACCGUGCAACCGAGGACUGUGCAGCGGUGGACAGUGCAGUGGCGGCUGCGUGCUCCCAGAAGCCUAGUGGGCGCCCGCGCAGACCCCGCUCCGCCACCGUCUCCCGCCGGAUCCCGGCGACUCGCCAAGAACUCUCCACGAAUUACAGAGAUUCAGUGGUUGAAGAGUGCCUGAGAGACCAAGGAUCGUAUUCCUACGAUGGAAAAGACAGAUGCCAAGGACCAGUCCUCUCAGGGGGAUGAAGAGAAAGACCCCCCAAAGAGCCACCCUUAUUCUGUGGAGACCCCAUAUGGCUUUCACUUGGACCUGGACUUCCUCAAGUAUGUGGAUGACAUUGAGAAGGGAAACACCAUCAAAAGGAUUCCUAUCCACAGAAGGGCUAAGCAGGCCAAGUUUAGCACUUUGCCCCGAAACUUCAGCCUUCCCAACAAUGGAAUUCGCCCCCAUGCCACUCUUCCCCAGCAAAACUGGUCCCCUGUGGCACUGAAAAAGGUACCCCUGGGGAUCCAGGAGCAACUCCAGUCACUGCCACUGGGUGAUCCCCACCAGGCCUCAGUGGUUGUUAGUGAGCAGAGCUACCACAAAAGAGCCCUGUUGGCAGAGGCCACCAGGCAGCUGGAGGUUGGUGCUCCAGAGACUGCUGAGCUGACUGUUGGGAGCGGACGGCCCCAGCUUUUGAGAGCAUCCAGCAUGCCUGCCACCUUGCUGCAAAACAGGGCCUCUGAGAAGCCCAGCCUGAGCUCAGGUCCCCCUGUGCCUCCUGCCCUCCCUCUGCUCCAGGGUGAAGACGGUGUCUGUGAUGGCACCUUUACCCCUGUAGAAGCCUUCACAGGUUUCCAUCUAUCAGCACAAACAAGAGAGAGGGAGUUGGCAGAGUUGGGACCGGCAAUUCCAGAGAUGGUCUCAGAGGGGGCUGAGCCUGCAAAGAGAGAAGUGAAGGUUCCAAGUGACCUGUCUCUAACAGGUCCCAGCUCCUCAGUCCAAAAUGCACUUGUGGUUCUAGAGGAUGUGGUGGACCAGCAACAAGCCAGAGAAACAGAGGUGGUGUUCACUCCUGGCUCUUCAACACCCAGCCCACCCCCUCUGCCUUCACCCAUCCCUGAGAAUGAUGUCCCCCUUGAUGAAAUUGAGCUCAACAUUAGCGAGAUCCCACCCCCUCCACCCAUAGAGGUGGACGUGAGGAGCAUUGGCAUCGGAGUAACAGAGGAAAGCCUGGGCCUGGCAGGGACAGAUGCCCACAGCAUCUCCGGUCUAAAACAGCAGGUCUCAGACCUUGAGGACAAGUUGUCAGGAAGAACAGAGGAGCUGGUUCAGGUCAAAGCUGCCUUCCAGCAGCAGGAAGAGGAGAUCAAGGCUAGGGAACAGAGGAUUCAAGAGCUAGAGUUCACUGUAGCCCAAUUAGAAGAAAAGCUUAGCCAAGAAAAGGCCAGUGACGCUCAGGCCCAGGCUGACGCCAUGGUGAACACUGAUCCCCUUCAUAAACUCCUCCCUAAGGAGUUAUAUGACAAGAACAUUGGGGUCAACCUGCUGAGCAUCACAGAUUCUGAGUGCUGGAGGUCCACAGCAGAGGAGAAUGAUUUCCUAGGGUCCCAAGAGAGAUGCACACAAGGGAAUCAGAGUCCUGCGGAACAUAUGCUACUACCCCAGCUGUCACUGCCAAAGGGACCUGAGCAGGUCUUUACCUCGUCCUUAUGCAGCUGCCUCUCCAUGGAACUCAGGAUCGAGGAAGAGGUCUCUGAGCAGGAGCAAGGUCCACUGGUGGGAGCUGAAAGCCAAGGCAGGGGAGCAGGAGGCUCUCCAUGGAGCAGCAACCGAGUGGCUGCCCCAGUGGUCAGUGAAGAGGCCAACUCAGAACUCCCAGGGGAGGAGCACCCAGAAAGGCCCCCAAGUACUCCGACAGAUGUCACAAUUGGACAGUAUGUGAAAAAGAUUCAGGAGCUCCUGCAGGAACAGUGGAGCUGCCUGGAGCAUGGGUACCCAGAGCUAGCCAGCGCUAUCAAGCAACCCGCCUCCAAGCUCAGCAGCAUCCAGAGCCAGCUGCUCAGCUCCCUCAACCUGUUGCUGUCUGCCUACUCAGCCCAGGCCCCAGAGCAGAAGGAGCCUCCCACCCAGCCCUCCACCACCCAGCUCUCCACCACCCCACCCUCCUCCACCCCACUGGAGAUCUCCCCGUCGACCAGCCUUAAAUCCAUAAUGAAAAAGAAAGACUAUGGCUUCCGUGCAGGAGGUAAUGGGACCAAAAAGAACCUUCAGUUUGUUGGGGUUAACGGUGGUUAUGAGACCACCUCCAGUGAGGAGACCAGUGGGGAGGAUAGCUCCCAAGAGGACUUGUCUGACAGUGAGACUGAGAAGAAAUGUGAGGGCCUGGAGCACAGACGAGACAAGGAUACACACCCCAGCUAUGAGGCUGGGCAGGGUGUCACCGAAGGCCAAACAAGUGGGCCUGGAGAGGAAGUCUCCCAUCCCAAGGCUGAGAGGUGUAAACCCUCAGAAGAAUUUCUUAAUGCAUGCCAAGCAUUGAGCCAACACCUGCCGGAAAUCAGGACCACCGCCGACCAGCUCCUGAGGCAAAGUUUGAACACCAUCAGUCAAGAGUGGUUCCGAGUGUCCAGCCGGAAGUUAUCUAGCCCUGCUGUGGUGGCCGCCUACCUCCUCGAGGUUCAGCCUCACUCCCCACAUCUCCUGAAGCUGCUUGUCAACUUGGCUGAUCGCAGUGGGAACACAGCCCUUCACUAUAGUGUGUCCCACUCCAACUUUGCCAUUGUGAAGCUGCUGCUGGACACAGGUGUCUGCAAUGUGGAUCAUCAGAACAAAGCUGGCUAUACUGCUGUGAUGAUCACUCCCUUGGCUUCUGCGGAGACAAAAGAAGACAUGGCUGUCGUCUGGAAGCUCUUACGAGAAGGAAAUGUAAACAUCCAAGCUACUCAGGGAGGCCAGACUGCGCUGAUGCUGGGAGUCAGCCACGACCGGGAGGAUAUGAUACAAGCGCUGCUGAGCUGCCAGGCAGAUGUCAACCUACAGGACCAUGAUGGAUCCACUGCCCUCAUGCUGGCCUGUCACCAAGGCAAUGCUGACCUGGUGAGGCUGCUCCUGGCACACCCAGCCUGUGACAGUGGCCUGACUGACAAGGCUGGCCACACAGCUUUGUCCAUUGUCCUGAAGUCACCGGCUCAUGUGGAAAUUGCAGAGCUUCUGCAGGCCCACGCGGAGCAGGGCAGGUCCCUGGGGCUAUAGGAGAUGCAGAACUGGCAGCCAGGAACAAAAAGCUCCUUUUUUGACUCCUCCCUCACCCUUAGAGAGGGCAGGGGUCAUAGCCAGGGGGCCGCCAUUCAAGAGAAGCUAUGUCAAAUAUGCACAUACAUUCCCUUGUGCAAUUCUGCUUAG